AUGGCGGACGUCGAGGCCAUCUUUACAGCGGUCCUCACAAUCGGUGUUGGGCUUUUCGUCAUUGACCUUGUGCCGCUCCAGGAACCCAUGGUGUGCCCAGGCGACUACCACAAUAAAAGUACCUGUCCUGAAGUGUUCUUCGCCCAGAGUUUUCAUGUCGCCCGGGAAAAGUUCACUAGCGCUGCCACGAAAGCGGGUGCUGAGGUUAAGCGCGCCGUUAUCGCUUCUCGUGAUGGUGUUGAAUACACAUUGGACACGGCGUUCCUUCGGGGGAAGAACUCCAAGAGGCUUCUUGUUCACAUAUCUGGUUCUGAUGGGAUUGGUGGGUUCACCGGGAGUGCCAUUCAGACGAAGCUCUUGAGCGAGUGGAACACUAGUCGUGGCGAAGGGCCUUCGGUGCUUUUCGUGCACGCGCUCAACCCUUAUGGUAUGGCAAACUUUCGUACCACGAACGAGAAUAAUGUAGAGCUCCACCGUAACUACCUUUUGAAAGAGGAAUGGAAUGCCCUGACAACUUCACACACUAGUAACACAAGUUAUGAUAGUGUGAUGUCACCACUCUUUCUUCCAAAGGCCCCACGUGUUAUUGACCGUUAUACCUUCUUUUAUCACUUUGGAAAGGUGUUCCUCAAGCAGGGUUUGCGGGAGUUCAGGCGGUCGCUGGAGGGGGGACAGUGGCACAACCCUGAAGGUUUAUUUUACGGAGGUCGGGAGGAACAACGCAGCUUGACAGCACUUCGUGAGGUACUCACGAGUUACGCUGCGUCCGGCGUGGAAAAAUUUGUCUUCUUGGAUGUGCACACCGACAGUGGAUCAACUGGGAAAGAGACAAUCAUCGUGAGCUCCGUAGAUGACAAGACGCUCGCCCAGAACAUCUUCAAAGCUAGCGUUCAGUUACGGGGUAAUGGUGGAACGUACGAAAUGGCACGUGGUUUCAUAAGACCUACGGACGUUCUUGGUAAUAAAACCGGAAGUUUGGUGAUUGAGCAAGCUUUUGCAACCACUAAUUAUAUCUUCAUGGUUCGCGCGGCCAUUCUCGAAAAUGCUGCAUCUAGGCACGCAGAAGGAACAUUUGUGCAUGAAACGAUGAAACAAUGGAUGAGAGAUGCCUACUUUCCGCAGACAAUACACUAUAAAACAACUGUGCUAACGAAGGGCAUCGACACAUUUAAUCACGCUAUGGACUAUUUGUCCACUUGA